AACGAUUCCAAGUGAAACAAUAUAAGCGUCCCAAUCAAUGCGUUUCAUCGUGACUAAAUAAUUCGACAACGAUAUAUACCGGGCGGAGAAUUCAAGUCCAAAACAAGCGAAGUUAUAGCAGAAGUCAACUAACAAUAUUUCCGAUGAUCAUGACGCCGGGAUCAAUGUACAGUGGCGGUGGGAUGAACAUGAUGAACGCCAUGCACCAGAGCUUCUUCUGGGGUAAGAACGUGACAAUUCUGUUCAAAGGAUGGCCCGACAACAACCUCGGAAUGUACGUACUCGCCUUGGUCUUUGUGUUCUUUCUAGCAUUCUCCAUCGAGAUCUUGUCGGUUACUGCGGCGGUCAACCGGGCUACGACUCCGGCGGUUGGUGCUUUGACUCAGACCGGCGUUUAUGCGCUUCGCAUCGCGCUGGCUUACCUGGUUAUGCUCUCAAUCAUGUCGUUUAACCUCGGAGUGUUUAUAGUUGUGGUGGCCGGCCAUGCUUUCGGCUAUUUUGCUGUCAAGUUCCGUGCGCUCCGACAAAGUGCUCCCGACACCAUUCCUAAAGUCUGACGUUUGUUAAAACUUAGCUUCCACAUACAAUUCAAGUAUCUGUGCUUUAUUCCUCUGAUCUGCAUAUAUGUUUUUACGUUAAUGUAGUAAUGAUCCCAGUUCCAGGUGUUGUAAUAAAGUUAAUUUUGUGAUUAAAGGCAAUAUAAAGCAAGAAUGACAGUUAAA